UUCACGCAUAGGAUUGGAGCGGAACAUUGAUGGCACCACCAUCGUCAUGGCAGCCGACACAGCGCGGCGCUAAGCGACUGCCACCGGUGCAGGUGUAUGCAUCGUCCUCCGACUCCGAGGAAUAUGGCGACUGCAUGAGCCACACUGGGAAGAAGGAAACGAAACGGCAGAGGUCGACCUGGAGCGACGACGACUUCGACAAGAACGACGACGAAUUGUACCUUCACAUUCAAAACGGCCAGGGAAUUGACGACGCAGUACCAUCCCGCCCACGUCGAAAGAAACAAAAGCCAUCAGACCAGCCCCAACGCGGCCUUCGCAACAGCCACCUGUGGCGAUCAGAGUUUCCGCCGUGGCUGAGGAAAGUGGACUCGAACGCCAUGGUGUGUCCCAACGAAGAGCUCGAGCACAUGGCAACGUACUUGAGCGUGAAGCCACAGGAGGUGCAGGCGCGACGGGCUAUCGUGCGAGACAUCUCGGCCACGAUCCAAGCCGCGUUUCACCAGUCGCAUGACCUCCAGUUCCACUUGUUUGGGUCGUUGGCGACCGCGACGUCUUCCCUGGCCACCUUUCGAAGCGACAUUGAUCUGACCAUUCAGGUUGUUGUUCCGCCAUCCUCGGCCAACAUGGUGGAAUACACGAGCGCCACCUACGACGACGACGAAGGAGGGGGGUACCCCGACAGCAUUGGGGCCGACCAGUCGUAUUUCGACGACCACGACGCCGAUAUCGACAUUAGCGGCAUGCAAUUCAACUUUAUCACGUCUUCCUCCUCUAGCCAUGCGCCUAACUCAACGCCUCCGUCAGCAAAUGCGCCAGCCACGAACCAACGUGCGUCCUCCAUCGCGACUGCUGCUGCUCUCAACAACAAACCCGCCGCCACGUCCAUGUCCAAGGCCGAGCGAAGUCAGUGCGUCCGCUUCCUGCAUAAAGCCGCGCGGUCGCUACGACAGGCGCACCCGUCGUUUCAAGUGGAAGUGCGUCGGCUGGCCAAAGUGCCUAUCAUCAACGUUGUCGACCCAACGUCAAAGAUUGAAGUGGACGUGAGUUUGGGAAUGGAAAACCCGACGCCAGGCGACCGAAUCGUCGCGUGGUAUGCUGCCAAUCAUCCCGCUUUUAAUAUCCUUGUGGUGCUACUCAAGGAGUUCCUGUAUCAAAACGCCAUCAACAAGCCAUACGAAGGCGGGAUUGGCAGCUUUCGACUGUACUGCAUGGUCACGCACGUCCUGGCCACGACGCCGCGCAAGGAACGAGGCGCCCCCGCCGCUCUUCUCUUGCGCUUCUUCCAACACUUUGGAUGCUCGCAGAAAUUCAACAAUCGCACCGUGCUCAAGCUCGACCUUCCCCACCACGACCCGCCGCUUCGGUGCGAAGUGGAGUUUCAAUCGAUCUUUCGUAUCCGAGAUUGCAACGUGUUGUUUGGGGAAGCGUCCAAGCGCCUCCAAGAUGGAAUGAACGCCCGCCCGCCGCUUUCAGUGGCAAUGCAAAAGCAGCCAAAGCAGCAGAAUGAGGUGGAUAAAGCUGCCACGUCCAGCAAGGGGGGGGUUCUGGCUAGCUUAUUCUGGACGCGCGACUUACGACAAGAACGAGAGCGGCGACUGGCACUGGCGGCUCAAACAACGUCCAAGGGCAUUCCAGGGUUGAAUGGGGGGAUUCAGCUGACGGAAAUGGAGGAGGGUGCGACUGUGGUGGUCAACGAAAAUGCGAAAAAGAUCAAACCAAGGCAUCGUCCUCCACCGUUGAUUUUGGACAAACGACAUGGAAAGAAACGGAUCACAACGUCGACGAAAAAGCUCAAGCAAGCCAGGCGGGUGCGCAUGGCGUUGGGGCAGUAGGAGUAGAAACCUCGAAUGGAAAUAAUAGUUUGUGGAUUACAACAGGAUGAUGGAAAUAUUGUCCUUUUUUUCAAAAGUAUAAUACGACUUAUGGUGCUGAUUCGCC